GUUGGCCAAUCAGGAUGGUUUUUCUGAUGGCCGCUUGGGUCUCCUGUGGUAUUUCUGUGCCAACAUUCUUCCCGAAAGCAUAGUUUGCUCAUCUGAAAGUUUAUCUUACUGGACUAUUAGUUAUUUAAUUAUCGUAGUCAAAUUGUGGCUAUUCACUAUUUGGAGGGUAAAGCCUUGGGGAAAAAAUAACUAGUACAAAACAUCACGGUUAAGCUACGAAGAUGGUAUGAAAACGCUGAACAGAUGCUGACAACCUACAUCAUGAAGCACAGGUCACUACAUUUGUUCGGGCUUGUCUUUUUUCUGCCCUUUGGCUGUGCAGUUGGUUACAGUAAUAGCUGUGCAAAAAUCUCUCCAGACUCUGAAAGAAAUAUUCCAGUGGAACUGGAGAAGGAGUUCAAAGCUGUCUGUACACUUCGUGAAGAUUCUGCAUACACUGCUGAUGACAUUACAUGGUUCUCUGGAAAUGUUACUCUUCCAAAGGAAUCUUACACAAAGCUAAACAAGUCGGCCCUUGCGGUUACUUUGAAGAUCAGCAAUGAUAUAAGCAACCCGUUGAUGUGUAAAGCUACAAAACAGGCAUUUUCUUAUGAAGAGCCGUGCACAUAUGGCAUCUACCUUGAUAAAGGAUAUCCUCCAUUACAGCCAAGUGAUCUGCGAUGUAUUGCUCUUCAAGAUAACACACAAAUUUCCUCUGAACUGUCAUGCUCAUGGGAUCCAGGGAAAAGAGACCCAAUUAUUAGAACCAGCUAUACGCUUCACGCAUAUCAUGGGACUGGAACAUACAAUUCUACCAGUAUGAAUUAUUUGAAAAGAAAUCUUUCUGUCAAUUUUGGGACCUACCCCAAUCACGUGGGGUUAGACGUCUGGGUAGAAGCACAGAAUAAACUGGGGGCUGUGAACUCGAGCAUAUCAACUGGUGACUCUGAACGUUUUGCAAAACCGAAUCCACCUAAAAAUGUAAAGAUUUCUGCAGAGGAUGGUUUCCCCACAUCUUUAAUGGUGACUUGGGAACAUCCAAUUCAUGAAUUAAUCUUCAAACUCAGAUACCACAUCAGAUACUGCCAAGCAGGUUGCAGUGUUUGGGAAGAGACUUUUACCAGGUCUUACAGCGAGUCCUUCCGACUGCAGAUCCUUCAGCCUUACACAGAUUAUGUGGUGCAGGUGCGCUGCAUUGGACAAACUUCUUCUCAGAAAGAUUUGGGCUACUGGAGUGAGUGGAGCCCAAAUGCAACAGCUCGUACCCCAGAAGACAUUCCUAGAUCCAAACCAGAUCUCUGGAGAGUCUAUGAAGAGGACUCCUAUAACACUGUUAAGCUGAUUUGGAAGGAUCCUGAGAAGGCCAAUGGCAAAAUACUGGGGUACGAUGUAACAAUCAAUGAAGGUGGACAUUCUGAGCGCUUUGUCGUCCAUUCCAAAGAAUACAAGUUCAACCUAAAGGGAGAAAAGGCCAUCGUGAAAAUUACUGCAAAUAAUUCACAAGGAGCGUCACCUGCAGCCGCUUUAAUUAUCCCAAGACCUGGAAGAAAGCUCCAUUCUGGAGUGGAUCAAGUUACUUGCAGAGUGCAUGAUGACCAGCUGUCGGUGAGCUGGACUCCUCUCCCUGGAGUAAGCCGCCCGUCUGAGUAUGUGAUCGAAUGGGUUUCAGUGCCUAAAAAAGAGAUUGGCUGGCAAAGAGUGUCGGAACGUGACAGACGUGUCUCCUUUGGAGAGUUUAAGCGAUUCACACGCUACAACAUAACAGUCUACCCAAUUUAUCGAGAGAAAAACCACAGCUACUACUGUCCAGGAACCCCGGUCACUGUACAAGCCUAUCUCCAGCAAGGACGUCCUCUGAAAGGUCCCACUGUUAAUGUGACUGCAACAGGGAAAACUACCGCUCAACUGAAAUGGAACGAGAUUCCUAUUGAAGAUCAGCGGGGCUUUCUCACCAAUUACACCAUUGUCUACAAAAAGGGAGACAAUGAGCUAUCUAUUGUGGUUCCAUCUAACAUCACCUCGUACAAUCUGACUAAACUGGCUAGUCAUAGUCACUAUUUUGCAUACAUCAAGGUAUCUAACCAGGAGGGCUCAGAAAAAGGAUCUGGUUCCAGUUUCUACACAAAAAAGUAUGAUGAUGGUGAAAUUGAUGUGAUCGUCGUGGUGGUGUGCUUGAGCUUCCUGUUCUUUGUACUUUUUGUAAUGUUCUUCGUUAUCAGGAAGAAAGAACUGUUAAAGAGGCGUUUCUGGCCGAAGGUCCCCGACCCGUCCCACAGCACACUUGCUAACUGGUCACCUGACUGUCCCAGCAAGUCGGACACUCCGAAAGAAAGCAUCCUGGCAUCGGUGAGUGUGGUGGAGGUGGACAUGGAUGAUGGAAAGUCCCUGUGCGAUGAGGAUAAGGCAGUGAUGCCACUCAAGAAGUACUUCUCGGACGAGCGCAGCAGCGGCAUCAGCGGCUCGUCUGGCAUGUCCACUCCGCGUCAGAGCGUGUCCUCCAAUGACGAGGCCGACUCGGGCCAGACCACGGCCAGCACUGUGCAGUACUCUGCCGUAGUGAGCAGCGGCUACAAAGGCCAGACUCCCAGCACUCAACCGUUCUCCCGUUCCGAAUCGACCCAACCACUACUGGAAUGUGAGGAAAAUCCAGAGCACAUGUCCGAAGCCAGCGGCCACCACACAGACUCCUACUUCAAGCGAUGUAAAGGCCUCGAGCAACUAAACAUGGAUGAGGUAGAGGAGCCCAGCUUCGGCUCUUUGAGCUUUAAUCCAAUGGAGGAAGAGGACUCGCCUACUCUGACUGAAGAUCCUCCACGUCCUGCCCCCAGUUACAUGCCACAGCAGAGUGGUUACAGGCCACAGUGAGGGGACAAAAACACUCAUCAGUGGUAGUGCAAUCCUGUGCCUUCUUCUUGUGACCUGAUUUUCAUUGCCAUGUUUUCAAGCCCGUUUAAGUUUCACACUAACUGCUGCUAAAUUUCAGAAACUGAUUAACUCAUGGUCAUGUUUCACUUUUCAGAUACACAUACAGUAUAUGGUUCCAUGUUUAAUAUACAGAUAUGUCCUGAUGUACAGUGACGGUUUAAUUUUGUAUAUUGACUUUUUUUUUUUAUUUGGUAUCUGAAUACUUGCAGGUUGCUUUUCUAACAUUUUGCAUGCUAUAGGUUUAAGGCAUUAUAGAGUCCCCUCCAGAAUCAUUGGCUCCUAUGAAAAUGAGCAAAAAAAAAAAAAGGUCUAUACAUUUGUGCUUACAAUUAUACAUACUGUGCCAGAAUUUGUGAAAUAUUGGCCAUGUUAAGCUAUACAUUUUCCAUAAUUAUGCAGAAAACUUAUUUAGGGAUGAUGGUGGUCAGGAGACGCUAUUUAUUAUCACAUAAAUGUGGGCACCAUUUUUAAAUCAUAAUGAUGACUGAAAUCUCCCAAAUGGCCCUGAUCAAAGGUUUACAUACUCUCUUGAAUUGUGUGUGUGUGUGUGUGUGUGUGUGUGUGUGUGUGUAAAAUUCUUACACACACACACACAGAGCGGUUUAAAUAGCUGUUAAGGCUAAGUUUCCCCACCAGUGCCUUGUUUGACUGUAAUUAAUGUCCGUGUAUAAAUAUUCAAUGAGUUCCUGAGCCAUAGGGAAAACGAUCAAAGGAUCUGCGAGAAAAGGUUGUUGAAAUGUUAUAAAUCAGGAAACUGUCACAGUAGCAGUCUUCUCUGAUAAAGUGGAAAAGUAGCAGUUCAAGCUAUAGUCAGGUAGACCAACAAAUAUUUCCGCUACAAAUUCUAGGAAAAUUGGUCAAGAUGCAAAGCAAAACCCACAAGCAGCUUCAGCUGAAAUACAGGCUUUUCUGCAAAAAAAAGUGAUGUGGCUUUUUCAAGAUGCAUAAAGAGGGUGCAUUUGAACAAAAAUGGGCUGCAUAGUCGAGUUGCCAAAUGAGGGGGCAAAAACUUUUGUUCCAGAUAUUUUGAGGCUUGUCCAAGUGCUAUUUGACAAAUUGGAAACAAUUUCAAACAUUAUGGCCAAAAUUGUGCUUAAUAUUUUUAACUACCACUGUGGUUUAUGUAGCAAUCAUCUGUCUUUUUAAAAUUUUGUUUUUCCAAGAUGGUGGAUGAUAAAGGAAUUUUAUAAAACUAAAACCUUGAAAUUUAUAACCCAGGGAAACAGGAUCAUGGUUAAAGGCAACACCACAUCCUGAGGACUGACAGUAAAGUUUUUCAAGAAAAAAAAAAAGUUUCUUGGCAUUUAUUUGAAAUAUUAUUUUGGGGUGUCAAUUAUCCAUCCAUUAUCUGUAACUGCUUAUCCUGUGCAGGGUCGCGGGCAAGCUGGAGCCUAUCCCAACUGACUAUGGGUGAGAGGCGGGGUACACCCUGGACAAGUCACCAGAUCAUUGCAGGGCUGAUGCACAGAAAACGUACAACCAUUCACAUUCACGGUCAAUUUAGAGCCAGCAAUUAACCUAACCUGCAUGUCUGUGGGGGGAAACCCACGCCGACACGGAGAGAACAUGCAAACUCCACAGAAAGACCCCCGUUGGCCACUGGGCUCGAACCCAGGACCUUCUUGCUGUGAGGCAACAGUGCUAACCACUGUGCCCCCCUGUGUCAAUCAUAUCGGCAAAUAUUAGGAGGGGGGACUUAUUUUAAUGAUAACGUGAUUAUAUUUUGCUGUAAAAUUCCUCUUCUUUGAGUGUAAUAUUUCUUUUCUGCAAUCAUUCUUUAGUUUUUUAUGAAGGGUGUCAAUAAUUCUGGAGGGCGCUGUAUAAGAACAUGGCUGAGCCUUUCCAUUGUUGAUCUCCAUGCAAAUAUUUAUUCUAAAAGAAUAAAUUUAGUUAUUAUUAACUGUCAAUUUUGAGCAGGCUUUGUGUUCAGUCUGCAGUCUUCACGCGGUUACUGAUUUUACCUCGAUUUGAUUCAAGGAGAAAAGACUUGGAAGGUGUUUGUUUUUUAUUUUAACAGUAUGUAUGUGCAGAAAGACUGUGGCUGCAAGUGCUUUUUUAAAGUUUCUUCAUGAUGUUCUUCCAGCUCAAGUGGAUAAUUGUCAGUAAUUGGUUGGUUUGGAAUACUUCACAUUUGUUGGACUGGGGCUGAAUUUCAGCCUAAUUCAUAUUACAACCAGGAUUUCUUCGAAGUACUGAUUCAGACAAUUUGGAAGUACUGACGCACGGCGUGCAAUUUAGGACAAGUGAAAACUGAAGGAUCUAGAACUUAUGUACUUCAAGUAUUAUUGCACUUUUUGUUACCUGCUAUGGAGCUUCAGCCAGUAUUUCAGGAUAUUCCACAUGGAUAAAAAUAGUGUAUAUGUAUACCAAGAAACAACACUACAUUAAUUCAAAAGUUAUAGAGCAGGAGUCUUGUUUAGUGCAUGCUUCUUUUUUUUUCUUUUUCCACAUAUUCAUGUCUAGUAUCUUGUGAAAAGCCGUCACUGACAUUCAUUUUAGUAACCAUAUAAGAAAUAAAGGUUCUCCUAAUCA